AUGUCCUCUCCGUCACCAGCGUAUGCACCAUACGCAUCCCACCGAAACUCUCAAUCUUUCGACCCCAACACUCCGCCGGCGCCUCCGCCAAAACCGAGCAGUCAAGAGGUCAGUCGUCGCAGCACCCCAGCCGGCAGCCAACCCUUGCUCCCACCCCCGCCUCCACAGCAGCAGGAAGCGUUCGGCACUUAUGGAAGCACUUCAGAAGAUCAGCGGCCGAUACAGCAAGCCCGACUUCAUGAGGCAGCUCGUGCGCAGCAGCUUCAGGACCCUGGUGAACAAUGGCUUCCAAAGGUUUUAGAGGAUAAAUCGAAGCACGAUCUUGGCGACGUCCUAGCGAGACCUGAGCUUCUGGCUGCACUUGCACAUUCGACCUCGACGGCUCAUCCAUCCAUUGCUGCAACCCAGGAACCCUUACAAGCUGCCUUGCAAGACAACAAUGCUCUCGCAACGCAUCUUGUCGAGCUCGAGGGCAGACUCACUCAUUUGAGGUCCUCAACGCAAGCCCAGCUACUGUCAAUGCAUGCUCUUGAACGACAGUGGCGGCAGAAACAGUCUGACAUGGAUCGCGCGCUAGCCCCAUUUUCACCCUCCUCGUUGUACCAAAGGCUCAGUUCCGGUGUGCAAGAACAAGAGAUGGUUUGCAGAGCACUGGAAGAAAGUUUCCUUGAAGGUGAUGGAGGAGUAGCUCCAGAGAGAGAGGCUACGGAGUGGGUGCGAAGGUACCGCGAUGCAAAGAAGAUAUACUAUGCGCGCCAAGAGCGGAAAGAGAGGUGGGACGAAGGAAGAGUUGGAGGAUGGCGAUGA